UCGAGCCAAGCCCAAUCGCCUUGGCCACUUUGUGGCAGCCGAGGCCUUGAGUCGGCGGCAGCUGAUCGCCCGAAGAAGGCACUAUAUUGGACGCGAUGCUCUUGCUUCUGAUUGUCGGGCCCAUGACCGUCGUGGCCCGACAGAGUUCCGCGCUGGCGCCACCACCGACAGUUGCGCCGACCUCUGAACGCGGAGCUCGACAAUUUCGGAGUUCAAUGCCCCGACUGCGCCCCCACACCACAGCCGACAGAUGGCGCUGACGGCGAACGCGACCGUCCUCCGCGCGGACGUCCGCCUGAAGACGGCAUCAUCAACUAUUCCAGUCAUUUGCCCAAUGAGUGGGACUGUUCUUGAUCCAGGAGGUUGGGAAGGAUGGCCGACCACGAUGGUUCAUAAGCUCCAUUUCGAAAGAUUGAUUGUUCCGGCCCAUUAAGGCGCGAAUGUGUACACGUGCCUGGUGGAUAAUCACGGGAUCGAUGGAUUCAUGAUUCUCUGUUGCACCUCAGACUCCUCUAUAGUCCAGCCCUUCUCGCUUCAGACAUCUUCGCCGCUGCCCUGAGGCGGUCCAGCCCAUUUUGGUGGCGGAUGUUCUUUCUCUUAGAUGUUGCGUGGCGCUUUGUCGGAGGGGAGAUCCGACGUUGCCCCAUCAGCCAGACUACUGCUGCUACUGUACCUCGCCUUGUCUUCGCGAUUCAAAAAAAGGUGAGAUCACUUCGCCUUCAGGGCCGGCGGAUUCGGAAGGCAUGGGGUUCGCGUCAAUUUCGCUGGAGGGGCCAGUGGUAUGCCAGCACCAAGCUCGACCCGGCCGUCCGUUGGCUUUCGCCAGUGGCCCCUGGGAGGCCUGGCCAAAUUUUUGGGCCUCGAUUCCUGGCCCAUCUCACUCUUGGAUUCCAGUUUCGGCUCGAUCUGGCGUGCGCCAUUCGGGUAUGCGUCGACCCAAGACGAGGGCCCGAAGGGUGCACCUCUCGCCCUCGGCGAAGGCCAACCGCAAGUAGAAAUCGAGGGGCCCGCUGGCAGAAGCUCGGCGGAUAUCGGCGGAGGUAAAACUUGGGAGACUCCAUGAGAGGUCAUCGCUGGCUUCCCAAGACAUAUGGGGAAAUAUGGGACAUCUUUUUAUUUGCGUGUAUUUAUUUGUGUGUCCCAGGGCCCCUUCAAUGACGGCCACACGCGUGCGCACGUCGAAAGCAGCAGAGAGCCAUCGCGGACCCGCCCGCGGCUGGCUGGGCCAGCGGUGGGCCUGCUCCAUCGAUGACGCCGAGCGCCAGCGGCUUCGCACGCCGAGCCGCCGUGCGGAGGCUCCUCGCCUUGAACGGGCUCGCCGCGGUCUCCCUCAGCUUGUCGGGGUGCGGCUGCCCAGAGUACGACUGCUGCGCCGAGAACGGCGGCUCGGGCCACUGCGACGCGUCGUCGAGAGACUGCUGCACGACCUGCGCAGCGGACAACCGCGUGGACACCGGGGGGGACUGCGUGGCCUGCGAACGGGGGACCUACAGUGUCAUCGGUGCCGUGAGGGAUGAUGGGGAGAGCGCGUGCUCAGCGUGUGCGGACCUGACGACUGAGACAGUUUGCUCAGGAAUGACCGGGUGUUCAUUCGAUGCAUCGGGUACGCCCUCCUGCAAGGAGAAGACCUGCGCAGAUGCUGACAGCUACAGCUUAUGCGAAAAUAAGCUGAGUUCGACUUGCCAGUGGGACCAUACAGCAGCAGUGUGCAAGGCUGCAUCAUAAGCAUCCAUACGCUCCACUGCGACGCAUCUGCUUCAUUGUUGCUGCAAGUUGCAGGUGGGGGUAGGCCAGGUAAAACGGCUGUACGGAAAACUUGCGGGUGGUGGAUUGCCAAGGUGCGCAGCGAGAUCUGAUUAUACCAAGUCGCCCACCGCGUCUGGCGCAGGAUUUGUGUUAUGCAUAGGAAUGUCGGAUGACCAAAGUGAGCUCACGCGAGCUAGUGGAAAUUGUAACCCAGCUGGCAUUUCCACAUUCUGUCACCGGUAAGAUUGUUUGAGAUUUCAAGGCAGCGCAGACGGGGCUUAGGUGUUGAAAUCAUGACAGCGAUAUCUGCACACGACUCUCCCAAUUUGGCGAAACGGGUGACGGUUCCACCACACAGGUAGAUGGAUGUUUGCUUGGUUCCAACAGCACGUACAUUUGGUUCCACGAGUAUCUGCCUCAACAGCAUGGUGCCGCAGAUGUUUCUGGCAAUGACCGAA